AUGUGGAAUUUAUUGUUGGUAACAAUUUGUGCCAGUGUACUAGCUAUUGUCUCUAGUGAUCCCGAAAAUUUUAACAUCGGUAAAAAGGAGACUGCUGAGCAUCAUAAAAUAUUUAAACAGAAAACUAACGAUCAUCAUGGUGCAACAUCGUCUCGGUUUGACAAACCGGUACCAUCUUUGAAAGAACACAAUCCAAAUAAAUAUAGUUACACUUUAUACGCAGAUGGAGCUGUGCAAUUAAAAAAUGAUAAAUCGAACCACAAACCUAAUUAUGGCAGAUACACACGUCAAUCUAAAUAUUAUGAUAACUCUAGACAUAACAGGGAACCUCACGACUUCUAUCCAGGACAUACACCGGACGAUUAUGACGAAAUUUUACUCCCAACGCAUCAUAGAGGAUCGCCUCUUCAUUCACACCACAGAGGGCCAUAUCAAGAACCACACCAAAGAGGACCACAUUUACCACCACACUAUGGAGGACCACCUCCUCGACAGCACUAUAGAGGACCAGGUGGUAGAAGAGGACCUUCACCACACCAUAGAGGACCAGGUGAUGUAGAAGGUCCUCCACCACAUCAUGGAGAACCAGGCGUUAGAGGUCCUCCACCACACCAUAGAGGACCAGGUGGUGGAGUAGGUCCUCCUCCAUAUCAUAGAGGACCACCUCCAUAUCACAAAAGUCCUUUCGAUCCACACCACGGAGAUCGACACAUGCGACCUCAGCCUCCGCAUUUCAAUGAUGAUGGACCGCCAACACCACUACCACCGACCAGCCAAACCACUAAUCAGUCCCCACCAUAUGAAAACCAAACAGGGACGGAAAAAUUAAAAGAUUCUAAUCGUAACAAACCAUCUAAGUCCAUUGAUAAAAAGUUACCAACUAUGGAAUCUGUGUCUGAUGAGAAUUCAACCACACGCACUUCUACAACCGAAGAAGAAUUUAUUCUUGAUGUAAGGAUUGGAAAUUAUGAAACUGAAAAACCACAAAAUGUAUAG